GAACAGAUCCAUCUAAAGUCGUGGAGCCGCAAGGGGAGCAGCAAGUGACGUACAGCAGCGAGGAAGAAAUAUUGGAACACCGCGGUCUGGCCGUUGACUCGGAAGCGGAGAUUGAAACGUCGACAGCGGUGGAGGAGGAGGAAGAGGAGAUGCUGGUCGAAGAAGAAAAGCCAAUAGUAGCGCUGGAAAAAGAACGCGUUUGCUUGGUAGAGGACGAGUAUCACCAUCAUCUGCAGMACAUUCACCACCAUCAGCAGCUCUCGUCCCUUUCCGAUCUAGUCAGCCGGCACUCGAUCGACAGCUUGGACCAGGAAUGUGGUCAGACGGCUGAAGACCCGGACGAUGGUAACUAUCCGGGUUCUUGUCUGAGCGCGGAAGACAGCGGCGUGCACACCGAGGAUAUGUCGAGCUGCGUUAGCCAAGCYGACGACGAGGAACGGUCCAACUUGCAGCCGAGUCCCGUGCUGCAGCAACAGACGCCGAACGUCGUCCAACAGCACGUCGACGACACGUACAACAUGGUACUCGAAUUGACGCCCAUCAACGCAUUGGAACCACCCAAAGAGAAACCGCCUCCGCCACCCGUAGACGCGUAUCCAGACGACGAUGGCCAGGUGCAAUUGCCGCUAGAACCCGCCGUAGACAGCUUGGAGUCAGCCAAACGCAUUAAGAAAGAAAUGUGGAUGAAACGUUCCAGUUUCCUUGGCCUGGAAGAAUACACGAACGGCAACGCCAGCUACGAGCACGAUUUGGAAAACUUGAAGUCGAAACCGCCCGAUUUAACGUCGUUUUUGGAGGAGGAACGUCGACUGGAAAAAUUGUUGUACAACCAGAACAAACCCGAAAGGCAACCACACGACACAACCAGGAUUUACGAGAACGUUAACAGCAUUCCGUCGCAGAACGUKUACGUAGACGACGGUGGCGACAGCGAGAGCAGUCAGUAUAUGAGGGACAUAUUGCAAGUGGAAGAGCAGAGUCGAUGUAAUCAGUUGAAGAACAAAGCUGCUCAAAACAACAUAGGCGAAAAAUUAGUGAAAAAGUUAAAAGAACUCGAAGAGGAUCUAAACAAUCAAGAGUGCGCUCGGGUCGGAUCGGCACACUGGUUGCCGCCGCCCACUCGUCACUCUAUGCAAGACAUCUCGUCAACUGCGUCCGUCACGAAUGCCAGACCGCAGCCACCUGCAGCACUAGACCACACUCAGUCCAUGCCAAACUUGGAGAACGACAUGAGAACACCUAUAUUUACGAUGGAUUCUGUCGAAUGUGACUUUUAUAGACACRAUCACAUCACUAGUGACGCUGCUCCACAAGAAUCCAUGUUGAGCGUUAGUGGCAAGAAGAAGUGUUCGCACUGCGCUAUGGAACUUGGUCGCGGUGCCGCCAUGAUCAUUGAGAGCCUGCAGUUGUUUUAUCAUAUUGAAUGCUUCAAGUGUUGCGUUUGUUGCGUGCAGUUGGGCGACGGUUUAAUGGGAACUGACGUGCGGGUCAGGAACAAAAAGUUGCAUUGUCACAAUUGUUUUUCGAGUGAUGAUGGUACGUCUUGUUUGUUAAAUGUUAAUCACACCUACUUUUAAUUAUCCAGUAAUCAAGUGGUCGCCGUGAUUAUAAUAUUUUGCCAUUGAUGUGUUUGCAGGAGUAAAAUUCAGUUGCGUAUAGGAAAUACGUUAAGUGAAAUAGUAUUAAAACAUAUAAAAUACGAAUUCAAGUGUUAAAUCUUUAAAAAUAUUUUAUUUAUGUAUAAUAUAUUUUUU